AUGACUGGCUGUAAACCUUGUGUCACCCUUGUCACUAGUGGUUCCAAGCUUUCAGCCUAUGAAGGAACUCCUUUACCUGAUCCCGAAGAAUACAGACAAAUUGUGGGUACGCUUCAAUACCUCACAUUGACUCAGCUAGAUGUCUCGUAUUCAAUUAAUCAAGCUUGUCAGCACAUGCAUGCUCCAACAACAUCUCACCUUGAGGCAAUAAAGCGAAUCUUACGCUAUCUAAAACAUACAAUUGGUGCAGGUACACUUCUUCAAGCUGGUCCACUUGAUCUUACUGUAGCAUACACAGAUGCAGAUUGGGUUGGGUGCCCAGACACACAGCGCUCUACAACUGGUUUCUGCACUUUUAUGGGACCCAAUCUCAUAUCUUGGGGCUCUAAGAAACAGCCCAUUGUUUCUCAAUCUAGCUCUAAAGCUGAAUACAAGGCUUUGGUUGUAACCGUCUAUGCGAUGAUGUGGCUAUCUUAUAUACUAAAUGAUCUACACAUUUUAUCCCCUCAACCAAUGGUGGUCUACUGUGACAACAUCUCUGCCACAUGCAUGGCUGCAAACCCAGUUGUCCUUGAACUAGUCAACACUAGUUGUACACGGUUUUGUAACAAAUUGUAG